UCUCUAAUUGCCAUCGAAACAUUGCCGGUGUUUGCGCCAUUUCAUUAAAUUUUCUACAGAAUUUUGUAAUUUUACACGAAAAAAAAGCCUACGCACAAUGCCGUAUGCUAAUCAACCAUCGGUUCAAAUCACCGAACUCACCGAUGACAAUGUGAAAUUCAUAUUGGAGGACACCGAGCUAAGUGUGGCGAAUAGUUUGCGUCGUGUCUUUAUUGCAGAGACGCCAACUCUGGCCAUUGAUUGGGUGCAACUGGAAGCCAACUCCACUGUGCUCUCUGACGAAUUCCUGGCCCAUCGCAUUGGUCUCAUACCAUUGAUCUCUGACGAUGUGGUCGAACGUUUGCAAUAUACCCGUGAUUGCAUCUGUUUGGAUUUCUGUCCCGAAUGCAGCGUGGAAUUUACAUUGGAUGUCAAAUGCAAUGAGGAGCAGACCCGCCAUGUGACCACAGCUGACUUGAAAUCCAGCAAUGCCAAGGUAUUGCCAGUGACGUCACGGAAUCAGGGUGAAGAAGAUAACGAGUAUGGCGAGAGUAACGAUGAGAUUUUGAUUAUAAAGCUACGUAAAGGCCAAGAACUUAAACUUCGAGCUUAUGCGAAAAAAGGAUUUGGCAAAGAGCAUGCCAAAUGGAAUCCCACAGCUGGUGUUUGCUUUGAAUAUGAUCCAGAUAAUUCCAUGAGACAUACACUCUAUCCCAAGCCCGAUGAGUGGCCAAAGAGUGAGCACUCCGAACUGGAAGAUGAACAAUUCGAGGCACCGUACAAUUGGGAGGCAAAACCUAACAAGUUCUUUUUCAAUGUGGAAUCAUCGGGUGCCCUGAAACCCGAGAAUAUUGUUGUUAUGGGCGUUCAGGUGCUGAAGAAUAAACUCUCCAAUCUGCAGACUCAACUCAGCCAUGAAUCCCAAAAUGAUGCACUGGCUGUUUAAAUGUGCAAACUUUGACUGGGUUUUUACUAUGUGGAUUUCGAUGUCUUCUUUGCCAGUAACCAUUAUCCUUCUUGGAGAAAUACAAACGAUUGACAAUAUCUGCAAAGACAGAUGUAAAUUUAUAUUUCCAUUCUGAUAACCCAAUCUGGCAUAUGUAGAUAUAUUUUAGUUUAUUAAUUCAUCAACAAUUUUAACAGAAAUAAACAAAUUAAUCUUUAAA